UUUGGGUGAUGAUAUUGACCUUCUUGCACAGGAAAGCUACUUUAUAAUUGAGAUUAAGCAGUAUAUUGUUAAUGAGACUACUGGAGAAUACAAGGAGAUUAACAUUGAUCCAAAAUCUGAGGAGAUGACUUUCAGUACUCAAACCAAGCCGAGGUUCGUAUAUCCUUCUUUACGUGUGCUUACAAUGUUUUCAAAAUAGUCAUUUCAGGAUCUAUGGCAUUCCCAGUGAUGAUCAUACUUGCCAAAUACCUUCUCUAUAGAUGAAAAUGAAAGUGCAUAUUUCCAGUCUGAUGAGCCCUUUCUAACCUUUGAGCAGUUAUCACUCAGCUGCAAAUAGAUAAGAUGUACUGACCAAACUACACUGACUUCCAAAUACAGGGCAAUAUCAAUUCGAAUUUAUAUAAGUACUUCGAGCUGAACAUCAACAGAUGUAACUAUGUCACUAGUGGAGUGGUGUGUAACACUGAUGAAGAGAUUAACAACAUUAUUCAGAAUACAGAUCUCAAUAUAUAUCAGGGAAACAUUUAUUUUGAUUUUGACGAUUACGAACAACCGAUUGAGACCUACUUGGAUGAUAGAUUCUUCUUCACGCUGAUACCAGGAUUCACCAAGACUAAUCUCAUUAAGAUUCAGAAGAACGAGGCUGAGAUUCAAGAUGAUUACCUGGCCUACCUUCCUGGAGGAACCAACAAAGAGUUCAUUACUUUAGAGAGGUUUGACCAAAGACUCUCAAUUGAAGGUGCUGUCUUCCCAAAUAUUAUCAGCUUCAAAUUUAUCAAGGAUUCACACUCAAAAUCUUAUGAACGAGGAGUAUUUACCUUACGCGAAGUUAUCGGCAGCGUUGGGGGUCUUAUGGGUAUUUUUAUUUGUCUUGGAGGAAUAAUAGUUAACAUUUUCUCAAGCAAGCUCUUUUACUACUCAAUUUUCUCCCAAAUGUACCAAAUUGAGCAUCCUUGCUCAGUUAAAGAGAGCAAGAGUUCAAGUUAUGAGUCUAAAGAAGCAUCAACUAAUCGAAUUUUUCCAGUUGGCACUAACUAUGAUGACAAAAUACAGAAUGAUCUUCACGCCAGCAGUCAUCAGGAAUCAUCUAGGAAUGAGAGUAUGUAUAUUGGGCUGAUCAAAGAAGAGAUGACCAACAAAACUUUAGAGACAAUAAAAAGACGAGUUAAAUACAACUGGAAGAUUGAAGACCUGAUUUAUAACAUAUUAGGGGUCUUAAAAUUUAUAUUCUACUGCUUUAUAAAGAAGAAAGCAACUUUGAAUGUUAAGAAACGACUUCAGUUCUAUCAACAAGGAGAGCAGAAGUUUAUCAAGAAGUUUGAUGCAGUCAAUUUUGUUCAGAGUCUGAGAAAUCUCAAAGCUCUUACUAAUUCUUUGUUUAAUGAGAAAGAAAUAUUCAUGGUCAAAUAUCAACGUUCGAAUGCUUUAGUUGCAAAUGAGAAUUCAGAGAAACAUGAAAAUAAGAAGAAAGGAAUGCCUAAAAUAUUCACCAGCAUUGUUGAGAAGGCUCUAUAUAACAUGAAAGUCAAACGAAUUAUGACUGAUUACAAUAGAGAUGAAUGGCAAGAUAAAGAUGCUAAAUUAUUUCAUGGAGUUUAUAGUGAAACUCCCUUAACUAGUAAGACCUAUGGCUUUAUGAAACAUAGGCAAGGAGGUUGGAUACAUCCUUAGCAACCAAUUUGGCCAAGACCAGAUGGAACAACCAAGAACGAGCAUAUCACAACUUUCCCUCUACCAACAUCAAGAAUAAAAAAUCAUACCAUCUUUAGAGAAUCCAAGACCUAGAACCUUACAAGAGUAACUUUUCCUAUUAAACCCUCCAAAAAUCCCCAUUCCCCAUAAAAUCCAAACCCCAGCUUCCUAAUCUUCCUUUCACCUACUCACUUCCAAAACCCCCCCACUGGUCACUCAGCUCAGCCAAGUCGGCUCCUUCUAAAGCUGGGAAUUCAGCUGAAUUCGUGAAGGAUUUUGGGCUGAGGGCUGGCUGUGGAGAGGUGAAGAAGGAAUUUAGGGGAGAGGAGAUGGGAGAGUGGAUUGGGGGUAGGGAGACUG